UCCACUCUUGUCACCUCAUCUCAAACAACACUGUACUGUAUACACGCACAUAAACACAUACACCAUCUUAGCCAUUUCGUUACUGUCAUACUUCAUCGUUGUUAAACUUACAACAAUUUUUUAAUUUUCGUUUUAUUGUGUAUUGUAUUUGUUGUUAAUCAUUUUUAUUCGUGUCUAACCAUGUCUGACAUUUCUAAAGACACUUUGAAGAAAGAAAUUGCAGCUAUCCUUAAAGGUGCUGAUUUAACAAAAACAUCUGCCAAGAAAAUAAGACAAGAUCUUGAAAAGAAACUAGAUGUUGAUCUUGAUGACAGAAAAAAAGAAAUAGAUACUAUGGUUAUGGAGGCUAUUAAAAAAGCUAAAGGUUCCAAGAAAAAUGGUAAAGCUGAAAGUGAUGAUGACAAUGAGAAUGACGAAGAGGAUGAAGAUGAUGAUGCUGAAAAUGAUGACGAUGAUGAUGAUGAAGAGGAGGAGGAAGUGAGACCUGCAAAGAAAGCAGCACCAAUAAAACGUAAAAAGGCUGAUAGCAGUGAUGAAAGUGGUUCAGAUGAUGAUGAUGGUGAUAAGAACGAUGGAGACUAUAGUCCUAAGAAAGGAACUCCAGCCAAAAAGAAGGCAGCUGCUGGCAAACGUGGUCGUAAGAAGAAGGAUGACAGUGAUGAUAGUGAUGAAGACUGGAAAAAUUCUAAAAAAGGCGCCAAAAAAGGAGGAGCUAAACGUGGAGCCAAUAGUGGAUACACUAAAAGUAUUACUUUAAGUCCUGAACUUGCCUCUUUAAUGGGUGCAGAAGCCCUUCCUCGUCAUGAAGUUGUUAAAAAAAUGUGGGCACUUAUCAAAGAAAGAAAUCUAUAUGACCCAUCUAACAAGCAAUUUGCUAUUUGUGAUGAUGACUUAUUUAAAGUAAUUGGAGUUAAACGUUUCAGGACGUUUGGUAUGAUGAAAUUUUUAAAAAACCAUUUUGUAUCAUAAUUUUUUUUUUAACAUAAUUGGACAAAAAUCCUUUUUUUACUAAAAUACCCCUUUUUAAAUCCCUCCCUAUAAUUUCUCUUACCUUGUAAUAAUGAAUACCUUUGUGUUUCUUCAUGUACAUGUGAAAAAUAAUAUUAUUUUUAUUUUAUAAUAUAAAUUUUUGACUAGCAAGUAUUAAAAUUUCCAUUCCUAGAAUAAUGUAAUAGUAAAAAGGUCUAAACAUGUUAUUUAGAUUUAUCUAUUUUUUAAUGGAAUCAUGUGGUUUUCAUAUAAUGCACCUUUUUGGCUAAUAAUAAUUAGCUCUUUUAAUGUUUGAAUGUAAAAACGUUUUUGUAAACAAUUAUUACGAGCAUUUUUGUGUUUUUAGAAUACUUUACAUUAAUUUUAAGAAAACAAUCUAUAUUAUAAAAACAAUUAUAAUAAAAUAAAUUAUAAUUCUUUA